AUUAGCACCAUUUUGUUUUGAAAGGGAGAGGAGACACAACUGGACGACGUAAUAGUCUAGUCUUUUGGCAGAAACUCUUCAUUCACCUCAAUCUUUCUGAUAUUCAAUAUACCCGUAGAGUAACAGCAACGAAAGAAACGUUUUCAUUGUGUUACUGGCGUUUUCUGGCAACAGUUUUGAGCAGAAAUCGACGCUACGUCUACAUUAGCCCAGAAAGGCUGGCGAGCAAAUUCUUUGGCACUCCUAUCCCUAACAGGAGACCUAGUGGGAUCGAAGCAAAAAUGAGUGCUCCUUCAACUCAAAAAGUCGUGCUCAAAAGCACUACGAAGCUGUCCCUGAACGAGCGCUUCACAAACAUGCUGAAGAGCAAGCAGCCCACGGCCGUCAGCGUCAGAGCCAACCUGCAGCAGCAGCACAUGGCCAGCGCCCGCAACCGCCGCCUGGCCCAACAGAUGGAGAACAGGCCCUCGGUACAGGCCGCCCUGUCACACAAACAGAGCCUGAAACAGCGUCUGGGGAAGAGUAACAUCCAGGCGCGUCUGGGGCGGCCGGUGGGGGGCAUGAUGAUGCGCGGAGCUGUGGGGGUCCGAGGAGGAUUCGGGAUGAGGGGAGCAGCACGCGGAGGCAUGAGAGGCCGCGGAGGAAGAGGAGCCGGCAUGAGGGGAGCACUUGCAUUCAGAGGCAUGGGCCAGAUGCGUGGUCGCGGGGGCCCGGGCCGAGGAGGUCUGAGAAGGGGCAUGAGGCAGAGGGGAGGAGGAGGACCCACCAGAGGGGGCCCUCUAAUGGGCAGAGGAGGAGCACGCGGAGGAGCUGGAGGAGCCAGAGGGAAAGGUCGUGGAGGCAUGCGUGGUCGCGGUGGCUUCGUUGGGCGUGGGCGAGGAGGCCGCGGUCGGGGAGGCCGGGGUCGGGGCGGUGCUGGCCCCCAGGUGACCCGGGAGCAGCUGGACAACCAGCUGGACGCCUACAUGUCCAAGACCAAGGGACACCUGGACGCUGAGCUGGACGCGUACAUGGCCCAGGCAGACCCCGACGGUAUGGAAUAGAGACAGGGCUAAAGGGAGAGGAGGAGAGAGAGAGACGCAUCCAUAAUUUCACCAUCGUCACCCAUUCCUUCUCCAUCCCUUCUUUUUUAAUUCCUGCAUACAUUGUCCAGGCAGACCCUGACAACGUCAGAGAGAGAGAGGUGUAACAUCCAUAACGUCCCCAUUGUCGCCCCUGCCUCCCUUCCCUUGCUCCUCCCUUCAUCCCAUCAUCCCUUGUUUACAUACCUGGAGUGACCAUGCCAGAGAGAGAGAAGCAACGAUCCUUCAUACUUGCUCUUGGUGACCGGUCGACCCAGUGAUCGACUGCCCACUGUCACUGUCACUGACGACACAGCGAGUCUCUUUCCCCCCUCUCGACGAGAGCAGUGCUCCGUGCGUCCUUGCAGAUAUAAAGACUUAAUAUUAUUCAUAAUUAUUAUAGGUGAUUUUAUAUGAUCGUACCAAACAAUGAUGUAUCGGUAUCUGAAGAUGACACACAAGCACACACACGCACAUAAUGUACACGUGCAUUGCGGUGUGUGCUAAAGCAGACGUGGAUCCAAAUGCCAUAGAUUGGCGCACACACGCACAGACCGAGUUGAUGGGACUGUUCCAAAUCCAAAUGACAUGGGAUGGGAGCCCAUAUCUACCACUGGCCAGGCCAUGACGCGUGAUCUUGAAGAAAACUACACAGAUAAACUCUUUGUACGUACACUAUUGUUCUGAAUGUUAACUCUGAAAGCUAAAGGACUCUGUCUUGUGGUGUUUUUGUUUUUUGUUCUGUUUGGCGGAUACCUUUGGCCUUCCACCCUAGUGGUGUGAUGUGUGCAUCCCAUUGCUCUGCGCCCAUCAAAGCAGAUCUCCAUUUGUUUUUCUGUUUGUUUGUUUGUUUGUUUUCUUUAAUUUCAUAAUUUUUUAAUAUGUUAAUAAAACUACUGAUGUUUUGGUUCGCUGGUGUGUAGGGGGUUCAGCAAAUGUAGACUAAAGUAAUCGGUCUGUUAUCCAUCAGCUUUCUGUUUGCUUAAAGAAUAUGCAGAAUAACUUAGCAAUAAUUAAAAAAGGGAAUAUAUCAAUGAUUUGGCAUAUAAAUGCUUCUUUUGGUGUGUUUUCAGAGUGACUUUAUAAGACUUAUGUUGAAAAACUGUUUGUCUUUCCAAGUAUAUUUGGUGCAUUUUAUUUUUGUUUGUUUUUCCUAAUGAAUACAGAGAUGUUGCUGUAUGUAUCUCUUGAUUUUUUUUCCAGAGCUGAAUAGUUGGAGAUACAGAAUCUCACCCUGUGGAUUUGCGCGUGUUUUGUAAAAUGUCGCCCCUAUUGUAUGUACAGUAUAAAUGGUGGGUUGAUGAAAACAUUGCCUAGACCUUGUUGGUUUGUUUACUUCUGUGUGUUAAACCAUGGAGCACUGGGCAGAGGGAGAAACCACAGUAAACAGUGUUUAACAUGUC